AUGGUAGGUCACACAUACUGCGGCUGCCGAGACCUCCCGCAUCAACCGAAGCACACCCACAAUUUGGGGCGGUGUCGGGGAGGUUGGCUCCAAUGCGCACUCGCCAUCAGCCCCCGCGACCCCGGCCAGCACGCACGCACCCUCAACACCGAAACUCGACACGAUCUCAGCAAGAUGGGUAAAGUCCACGGUUCCCUGGCUCGUGCCGGUAAGGUCAGAUCACAAUGUCCCAAAGUCGCUAAACAAGAAAGGACAAAGAAGAAACUUCAAGGUCGAGCAAAGAAACGUGCUUGUUACAACAACCGAUUUGCCAUCACCACUCCUCACGGUGGAAAACGUAGAAUGAACCCUGCACCCGCCGGAAAGAUGGGUUAA